GGACGCUUUCUUACUGGCUCAUAUUAGCCAUUGAUUGUGUUAGUGAUCAUCUCACCAAGGCCCCAGGGAGGGCUCAAUAAUCAGGCAUAGGGAGUUAGAAGUGGGCAAGAAGAAGAUUCAAGGGAAGGAAGAUAAGGUGACAGGUGACUACUAGGUGUCAGAUAUGACUAAGAAUUUUAUAUGUGUUGUUUCAAUUUUCUUAAUCACCCUGUAACAUAGCUAUUAUUCUUUUCCAUUUUGCAGAUGAGAAAACUGAGCUGUAUAGAAAGGUUGUCUGAUGUGUCUAAGAUAACACAGCUGGAAAGUUGAGGAGUCAGAAUUCAAAUUUAAGUCUGGCUGGUGUCAAAAUCCCCAGCCCAGUGACUUCCAUACUACGAAAUGGACAAAAGAGAUGAUCAGGUACCCAGAAGGGCAGAAAGUAGCUGAAUUACUAGUUGUUUUGAAUGCGCUAGGAAGGGAAGAGAGAUACAAUCUGAAAAACUAACAUUUACCACAUCAAAACAACACCCAGUAGGAAAGUUGACAGCCCUUUUCUGUCUUAAUACUGAUGGCAGUGGUGGGCCAUCCCGAGCAGCUGCUGCCAUUGCACCACCGGCUGCAGCCAGGCGGGACCCACCUCAGGCCCGGAGCCUCUGCCACUCUAUACCCUGGCACUGUGGCAUCGCUCUUGCCCACUGCCGCUGUGGGGAGGUGUGGGAGGUGGUGGACAGUCCCUGGAGCCUGCCCCUCGGAGCCUCCACGAUGGGGCCAAGCUGAGUUGCCUUCUGGUGUGGGGGCAGCAUGGUUGGGCACAGGGGCAUGCAGAGAGGGGCCCCGAGGUGGAGCUGGACCAAGGGUGGUGCUGCAUUCCAGGGAGCUGGCAGGAGCAAGGAGCAGGCAGGAGCCCCACCCUCCCAGGCGCCUCUACAGCCACCUGGGUUGGCAUCUCUGUAUUCUCAGGGGUCUGGGAAGCCCCCCUCUUACCCUCCUUAUGCUUGAAGGUGUCUGCUCCUACUGCCUGGCCUUUCCCUGCUGUUGGCUCCAAUCCCAGAGUGGAGUUGAGGCCAAAUGUGGGCACUGUCACAGCCCAGCUAGGUAUACACACACUUGGGGCAGUGCUGACAUGCCAGCUCCCUGGCACCUCAGUCCCCUCUGGACUCUGGGCAUUGACAAGCACAGGAGGGAGGCAAAGGAGGGUGCUGAGAACAGCCCAGUGCUGGCCCUGCCCAUGCUUCUUGACAUGAACAGCCUGGGUGUCAUGAACAGUAGCAGGAGGCAGACAGGCUCCUGGGUAGAAGGGGACUGGUCCCUAGUGAAGCCCCAUUCUCAAACCAGGGAGGACCUGAAGCCUGGGGGCCAGGGUCCCAGUCCCAGGGACUGGAGGGAGAACCUGUGGUGCUUUUCCCUGGGCCCACCCAUGGCCACCCAUGGACCAAUCAGCACAUACUUCCUCCCCUCUGAGGCCCAUAAAAACCCUGGAUUCAGCCAGACUCUGGCAGAGAACAGAGAAAAGAUAGAGAGAAGAGGGUGAGAUGAUGGGACCACCAGCUGCAGAGAGGAGCUGCCCACCCCAGGGACUCUUGUCCACUGAGAGCUGAGAAGACAAUGGGAUGAACAGCUGCAGAGAGGAACUACCCUCUCUGCUGACAGCUAGAUACUUGUUGGGAUGAACUUCCCAGCAGAGAGGAGCUUCCCUCUCUGAUGACAGCUGAACACUUUGAGAUACCCUGGCUAUGGAGAGGAGUGGCCCACUGCAGGUGUCCUCUGAGCUGUUCUAUUGCUCAAUAAAACUCCUUUUUGUCUUGCUCACCCUCCACUUCUCUGUGCACCUCAUUCUUCCUGGCACAGGUCAAGAACUCAGGACCUUCCAAAUGGCAAAACUAAAAGAACUGUAACCCAAACAGGGCUGAAACAUGCCCCUGCUUGCCACAUUGUGGGUGAAAAGGAGAGAAGAGCUGUGGCCCUUCAGGGAGCCCAGAUCUGAGAGCUCCCUGAGCCAGGGCUUUGACUCCCUCUUUGGGGUUCUGCAGUUCCUGCUGUCUCCAAGUUUCUGGGUUCAGCUACAUACCUUGAUGCCAGCUGGGGAAGCUGCUUGUGGUGCACCUGAUCCAGCUGCAACCUCACAGAGAACCAGUGCCUGUGCUAGCACCUGGAGCUGCCUGUUCUGUGGCAGUAGCCAGCAUGUCUAACAGCGCAGUGGCCAGACCCCACCCUAGCUUACACACCCCUUGCCACUCCACGCCUGACUCAUAGUCUCCCUUAGAGGGCAUGGAAUCCAGGCUGGUAGUGUGAACUGGGUGCAGCCUGCCAGACCGAGUGGGUGGAACAAGCCUAGAGCACCAAGCAAAACUCGGCAAAGGCUCCACCAGCCACAGCGGUUUCCAGCCAGAAAAGUGACACCCGAAGAUCCCAAAAUACCACCUUUCAGAUAUAUUGGCAAUUGACCAGGACACAUUUUUUAAAAUGUUCUCUUAAUUUCCUUAUAGUUUUUCCUGAUCCAUCACUGACAGAAAGGACACAUUUUAAACAUUCAGAGAGACCAGGUUUAAGGUGAGUAUACAGAGCUUUGUUGGGAAAAGCAGAUGUUCUGUACCUGAUGCUACCUUAGUUCAUGCAAAGAGUCCUCAUUUCUGUGACUAAGUGGAAAUCAGCUAUAGUUACUUGAGCACAUCACUAAGGCUUUUGUAAAUAAAAAUUCCUGAAUAAGAAAAUUAGAUACAUUCUUCAGUUCUGGUGUUGUUACCAAUGGUCUUAGUCAGUUUGAGCUGUGAUAACAAGUAUCCUAGACUGGGUGGCGUAAGCAACAGACACUCUGUUUCUCACAGUUCCAGAGGCUAGGAAGUCCAAGAUCAAGGUGUUGGCAGAUUCAGUUCUUGGUGGUGGCCCUCUUCCUGGCUUGUAGAUGGCUGACUUUUUGCUGUAUCUUCACAUGACACACACAGACAGAGAGUGAGCUGUUAGUCACUUCUUGUAAGGGUUCUAAUUCUAACAUGGGGCUCCACCCUGUGACCUCAUCUAAAUCUAACUACCCCUAAAGCCCCACCUCCUAAUACUCUCACAUUGUGGCUUAGAGAUUUAAUAUAUAAAUUCUGGGGGAAGACACAAAUAUUCAGCCCAUAACACUAACAAUCACUAAAUAAUGCAUACAUACAGAGUUUAGAAAUUGGCAAAGGAAAUUCACAUAAAUCACCUUAUUUGAACCUCACAGUUGUUACCUGUGAGGUAGCUAUUUUUAUUUUCCCUGUUUUACAGAUGAGGAAGCUAAGUUGAGAAGCAUUCAGUGAUUUCCCCAGGGUCAUCUGACUAGUCAGUGGCAAUGGUAGAGUGCAAAUUCAGGUUUUCUAAUUCCAAAUCCUGUGUUCAUUUAGCCACAUCAGGAAUCAGGCCAUUCUGCUCCUAGUGUUAACAACAGCAAUAACAAAACAGGAACAGCAGCUGAUGUUUAUUUGUUGCUGUACCAUGGGCCAGUCUGUUUAAAAAUAUUCUCUCUCAGGGUAGAUGCUAGCAUUUUAUUUUACAUCCCUGAGAAAACCUAAAAUCAGGGUUAAAUCACUUUCCGAGAUCACACAGCCAGUAUAUCACAGAACAAGUAUUUGAACCAGGUUUGGCUGAGUCUAGAGACUAUGUUCUUAAUAAGCCACUUUGCUAUAGUGGCCUUUGAAAUGCUCUUUGAAAGACAGUAUGUAAGAUGAAAAUAUUCUGUUAGAUAUAUUUAUUGAGAUUUUAGUCAGAAAUGGAUUUCUUGCCCAUUAAAAGCACUAGCAUCCUACACAGUGCUCUAUUGGAAGUCCUAUUUUUCAGGCACCACAGAUGGAGGACAGAUGUUUCUUUAUGCUCUGAAAGGUCCACUUUAUGUAGCUGACUAUAAUGAGAUUGUAUCUGGCUCUGAAUGUUGUAGGAAAUUGGUAUCAGGCAGAUCAUUCCAAGUGAAAGCCAAAUCAAAGGCAUUAUUGCACAGAUUUGAUAGAAAAAAGAAGAGCCAAAACAACAGGAUGUUAUUCAGUGGUAUGGGUGGAAAGUUUUCAGAGUUCAUUCUGAACCACACAGACAUUUUCAGAUGUGUUCUACCCUACGAUUCAGCCUGAAGUCAGAGAAGUGCAUGUACGCUUGAUUGAGACGUGUGUGACAGGGCGAGGUGGCAGGCGGAUUGGAGGUUGGGUGCCACAGGUGUGGGUAAUGCAAUUCUGAACUUCAUUUCAGUGUGCUUUGGAAUAACACGGAAAGCAUGGGGAGUGAGUGGAAACUGCUGUGACUUAAGU